GGCACAGAAACACAGCUGCUUCCGGUACCUCUGCAGCUGAAACUGUUUUUUUUUUCCUUCUUCUUUUACUUUUUAUAUACAGUCUAUACUUUAACCUCAAAAAAUGAAACCAGUGACGUCUGACACUUUAACCUCCGUGCGCUGCAGCACGUUGACAGGUUUAAUUUACUGUUUUAUGAUCAGCAGCAGCAGCAGCAGCAGAGAAGUGAUGCAAGUAUGAACCAUGGUGCCAUUAAAGAGGAGAAAAGUGCUCUGCUCUCAUACUGGGAAAACUGGGAAUGUCUGCAAGUUCCCUGAACUGGUUUUAUUCCUGCUGGAGAGAAAGAUGGGAGCCAGUAGAAGAGCUUUCCUCUCUGAGCUGGGACAGAAGAAAGGAUUUAAAGUGGAGGACAAGUUCAGUGAAAGUGUCACUCAUCUCAUUUCUGAAAACAACUCGGGCGAUGAGGUCAGAGCUUGGCUCGACUCUCAGGUCGGAGGUCGAGGCCGAACGCUUGCUCACCUGCUGGACGUCAGCUGGUACACAGAGAGCAUGCGAGCCGGACUUCCUGUCGACAUUCAGGACAAACAUAAACUACAGGAGCAGCAGCAGACAGAUGAAGCAGAGACUGAGACGUUCUCCGUUCCCAGUUAUGCCUGUCAGAGGAGAACCACACUGGAGAACCACAACACCGUUCUCACUGAUGCGUUGUCCCUGCUGGCUGAAAACGCAGAGCUCAGCGAGGAGGAGGGGCGAGGAGUCGCGUUUCGACGAGCCGCCGCCGUGUUGAAGUGUCUCCCUAAAGUGGUGAUGGACAUGACGCAGCUCAGAGGGCUGCCUUGCCUCGGAGAACACUCACUGAGCGUCAUCAAGGACGUUUUGGAGAACGGAGCAUCCAGCGAGGUCGAAGCUACAAAGAACUCUGAGCGAUAUAAAGCUCUGAAGAUUUUAACAGGUAUUUUUGGAGUCGGAGCAAAGACGGCUGAUCGCUGGUUCAGAGACGGGAUUCAAACUCUGCACCAGCUACGAGACUCAGGACAGACGCUCAACAGGGCGCAACAAGCAGGUCUCGACCACUACGAUGACAUCAACCAGUCGGUCACUAAAGCAGAAGCCGACAUCAUCAGUGAGAUUGUAGAGAAAGCCGUCGUCGCUGUGCUACCAGGAGCUCAGAUUACUCUGACCGGAGGAUUCAGAAGAGGAAAGCUGACGGGACACGACGUAGACUUCCUGAUAACUCACCCAGAGGAAGGCAGAGAGGAAGGACUAAUGAGUAAAGUCGUCUCCUGGCUGGAGACGCAGGGUUUCCUGUUGUACCAGAAAACGACCAGGAACUCGUACCUGGAGGCGAAGGACGGUCCGGCUCGGCCCGCCUCCAACAUGGACCGCUUCGAGAGGUGUUUGUCCAUCUUCAGGCUGUCCAAGGAGAAGAAGAGAGGAGCAGAACUAACAGAGACACUCACAGAAAACCUGAAAACUCCUCCUUCAUGUAGCUCCAGUCAUGUCCAGCAGGGCGGCGAUAGGGAGGAAGGAGGGAAACCGUGGAGAGCAGUGAGAGUCGACCUGGUUGUUUCACCAAUCAGCCAGUUUGGUUUCGCUCUGCUGGGCUGGACGGGAUCAAAGCUGUUUGAACGAGAGCUGCGUCGCUGGGCGGGACGAGAGAAGUCGAUGUCUCUGAGCAGCCACGCUCUGUUCCAUAAUAAACAGAGUCGAUACCUGAGAGCGACAACAGAGGAGGAGAUAUUCUCUUAUCUGGGUCUGGAGUAUGUUAAACCGUCAGAGAGAAACGCUUAAAGACGCUCGUCAGGAAGCGAACGCCAUCCUGAGGUUUGUUGCCUGGAGACAGAAGAGUUCAGUUAAAGCUUGAAGCCAAACAGACGACAGGUUUUAAACUGAUGUGAAGCUACUUUAAAAACCUGGAAGCUCUUAACCUUUGUUGUUUUUAAACAAAAACUGACUAAUAAAUGAAAUAAAUAGACACUUAAUUUAAUAGAAAAAUGAACUUAUGAACUCAGUAAAUGUUUUUUUAAAAACUG